UCCACUUUUAAGGCAACAUACAACAACAUUUCCAACUUGUCCAGCACAGGCUUGCACUUGAAUGUCCUCGAAAAACUCUGGGCCUCAUACUAUUGUUACAUUUCCAAUGACAUCUUUGCGACAGGUUUGCUAUUCUUCUUGACCCACGAAUUUAUGUAUUUCUUCAGAUGUCUCCCAUGGUUUGUUAUCGACCGAAUCAGCUAUUUCAAUAAGUACAAGAUCCAGGCCAAUAAGCUACCUUCGAACAAAGAACAGUGGGAAUGUGCAAAGUCUGUGCUAAUCUCCCAUUUUCUUGUUGAGGUGUUUCCCAUCUGGCUAUUUCACCCCAUUGGUGUCAAAUUAGGUAUUAAAUUUGAUGUUCCCUUUCCAUCUCUAAAGGACGUUUUUAUUCAAAUCUCCAUUUUUUUUGUUUUAGAAGAUCUAUGGCAUUACUUGUUUCACCGUGGUUUGCAUUACGGGAUCUUCUACAAAUACAUUCACAAACAACAUCAUAGAUACGCUGCUCCCUUUGGCCUUGCUGCUGAAUAUGCCCAUCCCAUCGAGGUUGCUUUGCUAGGUUUUGGAACUGUGGGUAUCCCUAUUGUCUGGUGUUAUGCCACCCAAAACUUGCAUCUUUUCACAAUAUCAAUCUGGAUCACUUUACGUUUGUUCCAGGCUGUUGAUGCUCAUUCUGGCUACGAGUUUCCCUGGUCUCUCCACCACUUCCUACCUUUCUGGGCUGGUGCUGAUCAUCACGAUGAGCACCAUCAUUUCUUCAUUGGCAACUAUGCUUCCUCCUUCAGAUUCUGGGACUAUAUUUUAGAAACCGAAGCAGGACUUACUGCUAAACAAACAAGAGAAAAGAAAAUGAGAAAGAAAGCCGAAAAGUCAUCUUGA